AUGUCGCAUUUGUAUCUCCUAAAUCUGCAGGCUAUAAUUGAUAACUGUUACAGUGAUGCUGCGGACAGCAGCCAAAGGUCAAGACCAAUCUGCGAAAUAAGGCACUUCACCCACGACCUACAGCUGUCUCGGCAUCCGUACUUCCGCACCGCACCGACGCGGUUAAAAGCCGGGCGUGCCCCAAACCUCCCAACGCCGGGCACUCCACGCCCCCAUUCGCUGGACGCGAGAAACUGCAAGCGCCGCCGGGAGGCUUUGCGCGUGCGCACGGAGAAUGAGCCCUGCCCGUCUCCCGAUGCUUAUAGUCGUGGUUCCUUUCGCGUCAUAGGACGAGCGACACAGCUCUCUGGUCGCCUUCUUAAAAGACGGGCCCACAGGCUGUGCGCCCGCCGCUACGUCACAGGCGUGGGCGGGCCCCAGAGGGGCGGGGCAUCAGAGAGCGCUGCCGGAAGAGGAGGCUCGAAGCUGAAGAAGAAUUCGAUUGGCGACUUGAAAACGGCCGUUGUGGCUGAGGCGAAGGUGGGCGGGUCAAGAAUUGGGGCCUCCAGUGGUGAUGUCGCGGGUAAUGACGUCACGCUCUUUCGCGGGAGAAAUUCGAAGGUGGAUUUUGUUUCGUCCAUUGGUGAAGUCCUAUAUACUCACCAAAAGACGAAGAAGUCAAAGGUGUGGCAAGAUGGAAUUCUGAAGAUCACUCACUUAGGAAACAAAGCCAUUUUGUAUGAUGACAAAGGAUCAUGCUUGGAGAGUAUAUUUCUUAAGUGCCUUGAGGUGAAACCUGGAGAUGACUUAGAAGGGGAUCGAUACUUAAUCUCAGUUGAGGAGAUUAAAGUCGCUGGACGUCUCCCUAUUAAAAAGGAUGUCAUUAAAGAAGCACCAGAAUUAAGUUCAAGGAGAUUUAUGCCCUCUGGCCGGUCUCUUGGAUGUCAGCCUGCUGGUUUAAAAAGGAAGUUUACUGGUUUUCAAGGACCACGUCAAGUUCCAAAGAAAAUGGUUAUUACAGGAAAUUGUGAAUCACCUGUAUCAUUUGAGGCUAAGAAACCUGGCUCUACUUUUUCUUCUUCAUUCUACAUCACACCUAGUUUGUUUUCUACUGUUGGCAAGAAAGAUACAAAUGAUACCUCAACAGACCCUGAGAACAUUGUGACUUAUAAGGACAAAGAGAGAAAUGACAUGCCUUUUUCUUUAGGUGUCCCUGCUCCAUCCUGCAAAAUUAACCCAGAAAUGCUCUGUGAAGAAAGUUAUUUUUGCUCUGCUGUCAGUUCUGGAAGUAAGCAUCCAGCCUCUUUACAGACCAAUGAGCCAAAAAAAGGAGAGAAUUUUUUGUCUCCCUCUUUAGGAAUUACACAAAACAUCAGAAGCAAAGCACAGAUAUUAGCUCUGCUGAAGUCCAAAUCAACUAGUACAAGUAAGGAAUUAGAUUCAGAGAUUACAGAACACUUUCCUCCAAUACAACCACAAGAAGCUUUAAACAUUACUACCAAACCAAAGUGCUUAAUUAAUCAGGAAAAAUAUGCUGAGAUGAAGCGCACAGAAAAUUUACACUGUUGGCAUCAAUCAGAAAAUACUAUGAGAAAUGAAAACCAGUGGGCCACGUGUUUAUCCUCACAGAGUUUACCUAUACAUUCUUCUAUUGUAGGUGGAAGUGAUACAGAAAGGAAACCCAAGCCUCAGGAAGGUGAUAUAAAUUUGAAUUUGAAAGAACUUUUGGUACAAAAAAGGACAAAGUUAUUUGAAACAUACACUGAAAAGGACGAAAGGUAUAAUAUAGACAAGUCAGUAAAUAUUAAUGAUCAAUCCUGGAAUCAGGAAGUAAAAUUAGAAAAUCCUUCGUUUUGUGACAGUAACAGUUUACAGGUUACUUGUAGCAGUGUAAAAAAUGAUGGUGUAUCAGAAUCUGACAUUCAAGAAAAUAAUAGAUUAUCUUCUAAUCGAAAUGACAAGCUGUAUAUAAAAGGAUCAAUUCUCAAUAGAGAAGAUGCUUGGGAGAUAAAUAUGUGUGGUACAUCAGAAAAAGGAUGUAAACAACUGACAUCUCUACUAGAAUCGGAACAUCUACAAAUUGAAUCUUCUCUAAGUAGCAAUUCUAGGAUCUCCAAUGACAUUACAGAUGUGUUUUCUAAAAGUAAAACUGGUAAUGAAAGUCUUGAUAGUAUUCAUGAAUCUCUAACUAAUGUAACACAACCAUUUUUGGAGGUAACUUUUGAUCUGAACAAUUUUGAGACCAGUGAUACUGAGGAGGAAUCACAGCAAAGCAGCAGAAUUUCUCAGAAUUCAGACAGUUGGAUAAAGGAAAUUUUGGUCAAUGACAAUUCAUGUGUUCAAAAAGAAAUUGGCAGUGAACAUUUGCCACUCUUAACAGCUGGUGGCAAACCCACAAAGACAUUUCCUGUUAAAGAGACUUUACCAUUACAGUUUUGUGAUACAACUUGUGUAGGUUUUGAUCCAGGACCUUGUAAAGAUGGAAAUGAUGGAAAAGGAAUAGAGGACUAUAGUGAUAUAUUAAACACUUUUGAUUCAUCGUUAGAACGGACUAAUGAUGUAUGUAUAGAUAAUAAAGAAGAUUCUAAUAAAUCUAUCCAAAAAGUUAGAACUAACCAUGAUUUUGCUUUAGUCCCCAGUAAAUCUAAAGAUAUAAGCACCAAUUUACAUAUUCCUGAUUUUUUAAACAUAGCCACUGAUCAAACUCAUGAAAGCAAUAAUCUAUUUUCAGAAGAUGCUCAAUCUCAGCCUUUUAUUUUGGAAAAUGACUUAGACAGAAGUGAACAGGUUUUACCAUCAACCUCCAGAAGUGACAAUAGCACCCAACUAUUAAAUAUCAACCAGGAUGACUCUGAAUGUAUUACUCUUGAUAAACCAAAUGUCCAAAUUUCCAGUUCUUUGUUUUGCCCAGUGGGAAAAGAGCAACUUAUUUCCGAAGACGCUGAAGCACAUAUACCUGAAUCUGAAGAUUCAGGAAAGAUUAUAAGUUUACCCCAUGAUCAUAUUGAAGCCAAAACUUCCAGAAAAAGCAAAGAAUACAGGAAUAACCCUAGAAAUUCUUCAGAACUUUCUGAAUUAGUAAACAACAUUUCCCUUUUAAAGUCCCUGUCUGACCACAGUACUGCUUUAGAUAGCUUGGAAAUACUGAAAAAGGAAAAUGCUAUCCUUCAACAACAAGGAAUUCAACAGAUGCAUGAGCCACAUAGCAGUCCUGAAGAUGAGCCUACUGUGUUUUGUAUACAUGUCCAGUAUGAUCAAUAUGAUUUGAUUAAGCAAUAUAUUCCUUUUCAUAAAGCUAAUUUUGCAAACUUGCAACCUGUUGAGUUUCAAGGACACCAAGUGGAAGGAUCAGUUACUAGCAAUGUAAUGAUCAGAAGACACAACUCACAGGUAGGAUGCAGUCAGUUUGAUAGCACUAAGUAUGAAAAUUUCAGGACAGACAACUUGUUUUUUGAUUCAAAGUUGCGUAGCCCUUGUAUGCAGAUUGACUUCUUGUAGUUGACAUCACUAGAACAAAAGAUCUCUACAUUGAGCCCUGUUUCUACAUUUUCUUUGAACUCAAGAGAUGAAGACUUCACACAAGAAUUCUCUGAGGAGUCCCUGAAAGCAAGAACUUUACCUGGUGACUUUCACUUUCUCAUCUUGGAAAGAAUGAAAAAAUCCAGUUUGCUGGAGAAUAAGAACCGUCAAAGGCUUUCAUUAGUAAGUAGAAGCCAAGUUCCACUUACUACUUUGCCACCUACUGAUGAGCCACCUGUCUUAGAUUCUUGUGCUUAUGUGUUCAACUAUAACACACCAGAGUCUUCUGGUUCUUCCAUGUUCAACUUGUGUGAGGAGUCUGUAGUUCCUUUUUUUACCUUUGGACCCAAGGACCAAGGUGAAAGUUCUUUCUGUGAAGAAUCUAGGGAAGUGACUCCAGAGGAUGUUUCACUUCUUAAAAAUGUAUCUACUCAAAGCAAGUGGCUGAAAUACCAAAGCACAUCCCAGUGCAACUUGACUGCUCCAAAUAGAGUUGAUAAGAAAAUAAAGGAAGGCUUCUUUGCCGAGGCUGGUUCUGGAAUGCAUUUUAGUGACACAGGUGAAAGGCAGAGUGAUGCUAUCAAUGAAAGCUCUUUAGACUCUAUGCAUUUACAAAGGAUAAAAGGCAUGCUUUAUCAACAGCAGCAGGAUUUUAGCAGUCAAGAUUUGAUUUCCAGAAAGAAUGGACUUUCUUUGAAUUCAAAGCAGACUUCCAAGACUGAAGAAAUUCAAAAUGUGUUAGGAGGGUGUGCUUUCUACAACUACAGUAUAAAAGAUUUACAGGAGAUAAAUAGUUCUGAGCUUUGCUUCCCAAGUGGGCAGAAAAUCAAAUCUGCUUAUCUUCCCCAAAGGCAAACUCAUAUACCAGCUGUUUUUCAGUCUCCUGCUCAUUAUAAACAGACUUUUACAUCUUGUCUUAUAGAACAUCUAAAUAUCUUGCUAUUUGGAUUGGCACAAAGGUUGCACAAAGCUCUUUCAAAGGUUGACAUAUCAUUUUACACAUCAUCUAAAGAAGACCAUCUGAAACAUGUAGAAAAUAAGGUACCAACCUGUCAUCAUAAUCAACCUGCAAAACUUGUCAUGGUUAAAAAGGAAGGUCCGAAUAAGGGUCGUCUGUUUUAUACAUGUGAUAGACCCAAAGCUGACCAAUGUAAAUUUUUUAAAUGGCUUGAGGACGUGACACCAGGAUAUUUAACACAGGAAGAAUCUGUACCUAGCAUGGUUUUAAGUGAUAUUAAGAGUAUUGGCUUAUACUUAAGAAGUCAAAAGAUACCCGUCUAUGAGGAAUGCCAGCUUUUGGUGAGAAAAGGAUUUGAUUUUCAGAGAAAACAGUAUGGCAAAUUAAAGAAGUUUACUACUGAAAACCCAGAGCUUUACGAUGAACCAAAAACCAAACUUUAUCUUAAGCUGAGUAGGAAGGAAAGUUCUUCAAUUUAUAGCAAAAAUGAUCUUUGGGUGGUUUCAAAAACCCUGGAUUUUGAACUGGAUACUUUUAUUGCAUGUAGUGCUUUCUUUGGACCAUCAUCUAUCAAUGAGGUGGAGCUACUGCCUUUGAAAGGCUAUUUCCCUUCUAAUUGGCCCACUAACGUAGUUGUCCAUGCAUUAUUGGUUUGUAAUGCUAGCACAGAGCUGACUACUUUGAAAAACAUUCAGGACUACUUUAAUCCAGCUACUCUACCUCUAACACAGCACCUGUUAACAAUGUCUUUCCCAACUGCAGCGAGCAACCAAAGAGUCAUUAAAAGAAAAUUUAUCCCGCCAGCCUUCACAAAGAUCAAUACAAAAUUUGAACUGUUCAGCCUAGGGGCAACGCUGAAGUUAGCUAGUGAGUUAAUGCAGGCACAUAAGUUAAAUAAGGAUCAAGCUACAGCUUUAAUGCAGAUAGCUCAGAUGGUGGCGUCACACGAAAGUGCUGAAGAAGUGAAGGAACUGCAAAUCCACACCCUCCCUAUCACCAUCAUACAUGGUGUUUUUGGAGCAGGAAAGAGUUAUUUGUUGGCAGUGGUGGUUUUGUUCUUUGUACAGCUAUUUGAAAAGAAUGAAGCUCCUGCAGUUGGAAAUGCAAGGCCAUGGAAACUUCUGAUUUCUUCUUCCACUAAUGUUGCUGUCGACAGAAUACUUCUUGGGCUUCUCAGUCUUGGAUUUGAAAAGUUUGUCAGAGUUGGGAGUAUUAGGAAGAUUGCCAAGCCAAUUUUACCUUAUAGCUUGCAUGCUGGCUCAGAAAAUGAAAACGAACAAUUAAAAGAACUACAUGCACUAAUGAAAGAAGACCUGACUCCUGUGGAAAGAGUCUACGUGAGAAAAAGUAUCGAGCAGCAUAAACUGGGAACCAACAGAACCCUGCUGAAGCAGGUUCGAGUAGUUGGAGCUACCUGUGCAGCCUGUCCAUUCCCAUGCAUGAAUGACCUUAAAUUUCCAGUGGUUGUAUUGGAUGAGUGCAGUCAAAUAACUGAACCAGCCUCGCUCCUUCCCAUUGCAAGGUUUGAGUGUGAAAAGCUGAUUCUUGUUGGGGACCCCAAACAGCUGCCUCCUACUAUUCAGGGUUCCGAUGCAGCUCAUGAAAAUGGAUUAGAACAAACCCUUUUUGAUCGACUUUGCUUAAUGGGUCACAAGCCAGUUCUUUUGAGAACUCAGUACCGUUGUCACCCUGUCAUCAGUGGUAUUGCUAAUGAUCUGUUUUAUGGUGGAAACCUCAUGAAUGGUGUUUCAGAAACAGAGAGGAGCCCUUUAUUGGAAUGGCUACCAACCCUGUGUUUUUAUAAUGUUAAAGGACUAGAACAGAUUGAAAGAGAUAACAGCUUUCAUAAUAUGGCAGAAGCUGCUUUUACACUCAAGCUGAUUCAAUCACUGAUAGCAAGUGGAAUAGCAGGCUCUAUGAUUGGGGUGAUAACAUUAUACAAGUCCCAGAUGUAUAAGCUCUGUCAUUUACUGAGUGCCGGGGACUUUGACCAUCCUGAUAUCAAAAGUGUGCAGGUGUCCACAGUAGAUGCAUUUCAAGGAGCUGAAAAAGAGAUCAUUAUUCUGUCCUGCGUAAGAACACGACAACUAGGAUUCAUUGAUUCAGAAAAAAGAAUGAACGUCGCAUUGACCAGAGGAAAGAGGCAUUUGUUAAUUGUGGGAAAUUUAGCCUGUCUGAGGAAAAAUCGACUCUGGGGGCGUGUGAUCCAGCAUUGUGAAGGAAGGGAAGAUGGAUUGCAACAUGCAAGCCAGUAUGAACCACAGCUGAACCACAUCCUUAAAGAUUAUUUUGAAAAACAAGCAGAAGAAAAGCGGAGGAGAAAGAAUGAAAAAGAGAAAUCUAAAGAUAAAUCUCAUUUACAAAAAAGACAUGGUUGGGAAGCGGCUGAGCACAGAGCGUUUGUAACCGGAGCUGCAGGUGAAGGUUCCCAGACAGUGUCCCCGGAGGGACUGCGAAGCGAUGCCAAGUCCCCUGCCGUAUUCGCGACAGGUUGGCCUAGGGGCGACCCCUCUGCCCCGAAGCUCCGUCGUAGCCCACCCCGGGCUCCGCCAGGGGGCGCCAGGACCUCGCAGCUCGCCCGCGGCCAGCGCGUGCCCUCCCGCGCGCCCAGCCCUCCGGGACCCGCCGCGCGCCCUGAAAAGGCUCAGGUGUGGCGCGAAGGGAGCGCGACCCCGAGCGGCGCAGCUGGCUGUAGGGGGCGCCUCCCGCAAACCCAGCCGCGCUCCGGCUCCCUUGGACGCCGCCCUCACCAUAUGCCCCCUCUUUCUCUAGCCUUUCUCUCAAGACUGGCAGCCCAUACCACUCUUGUAAAUAUGAAAGAUGCUAAUCAUAUGACAUAUCACGUCUCCGUCGGAGCCGGAAUAAAGCCUUCAGAUUUGGGAUCAUUGCCUCCAGACAACAGCUUCAUCAGCCGGAAAGUUCGGGACUGUCCUUUCGAGGGAGCAGGCUGCCAAAUUUCCUUUCUAACUCCUUACACAAAUCCCAAAGGGCCCUUUCACCAAAUCAUUAAAUUCUACAGAGGUGGUCAAGCUCGCACUGCUUUUCAUGAAACGAAGAAAGAAAAGGGUCCUUGA